CAGCAGCAGAGGCAGGAGGACGAGGAGGAGGAGGAGCCGUCGCAGGAUGAAGGAUCGGACUCAGGAGCUGCGGAGUGCGAAAGACAGUGAUGAUGAGGAAGAGGUGGUCCACGUGGACCGAGAUCACUUUAUGGAUGAGUUCUUUGAACAGGUGGAAGAGAUCCGAGGCUGCAUUGAGAAACUGUCAGAGGAUGUGGAGCAGGUGAAAAAACAACACAGUGCCAUCCUAGCGGCCCCCAACCCAGAUGAGAAAACCAAACAGGAGCUGGAGGACCUCACAGCAGACAUCAAGAAGACGGCUAACAAGGUCCGGUCCAAGUUGAAAGCAAUUGAGCAAAGCAUUGAACAGGAAGAGGGGCUGAACCGUUCCUCCGCGGACCUGCGCAUCCGCAAGACCCAGCACUCCACACUCUCCCGGAAAUUCGUGGAGGUAAUGACCGAGUAUAACGCGACCCAAUCCAAGUACCGGGACCGCUGCAAGGACCGAAUCCAGAGGCAGCUGGAGAUCACUGGCAGGACCACGACCAAUGAAGAAUUGGAAGACAUGCUGGAGAGCGGGAAGCUGGCCAUCUUUACAGACGACAUCAAAAUGGACUCCCAGAUGACAAAGCAAGCCCUAAAUGAGAUCGAGACGAGACAUAAUGAGAUCAUCAAAUUGGAAACCAGCAUCCGCGAGCUGCAUGACAUGUUUGUGGACAUGGCUAUGCUCGUGGAAAGCCAGGGUGAGAUGAUUGACCGCAUAGAGUACAACGUGGAACAUUCCGUGGACUAUGUGGAGCGAGCUGUGUCCGAUACCAAGAAAGCUGUGAAAUAUCAGAGCAAGGCCCGGAGGAAGAAAAUCAUGAUCAUCAUUUGCUGUGUGGUGCUGGGGGUGGUCUUGGCGUCAUCCAUUGGGGGGACGCUGGGCUUGUAGGCCUCCUGCCCUUAUCUCUCCCAUACCUUCCCCUACCACAUUGGGAGCAAUACCCCCACCACCCUCCCGCCCCAUCCCCUGCUCCAAGCUCAUCCUCAAAUCAGACCCAGGCAGCCCCACCCCCACACACUCCCACAGCAGCCCCUGGAGUUCCUGGACCUCACCCUGCCAUGGACCACCCCCUUCCCACCCUGCACGUAGAUAGCAGCAGGCGUGAUCUCACAUGCACACCAACAUGCAUGCCGCUGGCACAUGCUUGAGACGUGUGGGCACCCCAGCGUGCGUGUACACGUGCAGAUGUGUGUAAACAUCCAAAUCACCCCUCUUGCCCCCACCUCAAGUUUGUGUGGUCUGAGCUUCCCCCUUUACCUGGGUUACUGUGUAGACUGGCCAAGUUGAACACAGCAGCCCACCAUGCCCCACCCUGUCUUCUGUGAAUAGGGGUGUGUGUGUGUGUGUGUGUGUGUCCACAAAUACGUGGACACACAAUUUGUGUACAUGGAAUUUUAUGUUUGAGUGUUUGAACCUAACACAACAGCAA